GCUCACGUCUUAGUGUCCGUUAGAAAAUGUUGCCGUCCACACAGUAACGGUGCCUCCGGUUUUUUGUUUCUCUUCGUGCACUCUUUAUUUUUCUUUCUUUUUCCGUUUCCCAGUUUUUUACGCGUUUUUUUUUGCAUUAUAAUCGAAUCUCUAUCGACUUAUCUGUAAUUAAGUUCCGAACAGGUCGAUUGAACACGAACCAGUAAUGGUUGUUUGCUCAAACAGGAAACAUUCUAGACGUUGGCGAAAUACAAUCCCUGCAUACACAUGCAACUCUCCUGCCGUUAAACAAUGAGCGAAACCAAUCGCAUUCUGCUAGUGAACGGUUCGGACAUUUCGAAAACUCCCUGUGAACAUUAGAAGUUUAGUUUUGUUCCGGUAAACAAGGCACAAGUGUCAACAUAUGAAAUGUCUACGCAAGAUAUCCGUGGUCGGAAAUCAACGCUGCUUCAACGCUACCAAACGAAGGCCAGCUCACAGGAUCCACUACAGCAACCAAUCGAUGCAACGCCAAUAGCUAAAACCACAAGCCAACGAAGUCUUCAAAGUUCAUCCCUUUUACAGAAAUACUAUUCGAAAACGACUCCGCAAGAUAUACGAAAUGAACCAUCUGCUCACACCGACUCAGAUUUUGCCGCACCUAGAAAAUCGAGCAGCCAGCGCAGCUUGGACCAAUCCAAAUUGUUACAACGAUACUACAAACAAAAUUCGCAAGAUGCGCAAGAUGUGCAAGAUGUCCAAAAAUCAGACCCACAACAGUACAGUAGUCAAAAAAGUUUGGAAAGCUCGAAGCUACUGCAACGUUACAAUCCCGUUAAUAACUCACAAGAAUUUACUGGUUUAGCAAUCCGAGAAAGUACUCCGGUCGCUCGAUUCAUGCGCAGUGGUAGUUUAGACCAUGGCAAACAGGCACGCUCUACUCUUCUGUCCAGGUACACGCCUAGGUUUGGUAAAUCACUGGAUAGAAAAAAAGAUAUUGGCAUGGGCGCAUACAGUGGUUCUAAUAGUCAACAAAGCCUUGAUCAACAAGAUCCAGUUCAGAGCUUAUCGGAAUCACAAACAUUUGAAGGUUAUACCAGUGAUCGUUAUGAUCAAUACGACUCUCGGAAUAUCCGUAGUCGAUCAUCGAGCAUGGCCAGAAGCAUAGCGCGCAGAAGCUUACAAUCAGAACUUGAACCUUCCUCCAAAAAGCAAGCGCUUGAUCCUGUUACCCCGGAAACACUACCAGUAUUAGCGACUCCGGAACCAGUGAUGGGAAAUAUUGCAUCAGCGCUACCGAUGCCAAUGUUUUGUGUUAUUCCACCUGUAGCGCAAGUUGAAUCCACCGCACCCACAUUGAAAGCAGUUCAGAAGCCGGAACAAGCGUUAGCAACGCCAUCAGUAAUUGUAACUACCGAAGCUGGCAAAUCAGAUCGCAACCAACCGAUCAAACCUCCUCGUAAGGAUUUGGUAUCCUCACCGACCGUGAGUAUUCCCAUUUCUACCAUCAAAACAUCCAUCACAGUCGUGCCACCGACACCAGUCACUCCCACAAAACCGGCAGUUGUUCCUGUUGUUCCGAAAGAACUAACACCACCACCAUUAACUAGCAAUAGAGAUCGUAUGGGGCAUUACGGAAGCGCUUCAGAUCCCUACACUCCAGCAGGAGAAGAUCCCAACUCAACGACAGCGUCACAACCUGGCAGGAACACAAUGCUGCUACCAAUUAGUGACUUAAGUAGUCGCCACAGUAUGUCCGAUCUACGCCAAAUGAAGGAUAAGCAACCGAAUCAGUUUGCUAUGGAAAUUGAUGAAUCCAGCGAGCGAAACGAGAUGAGCAGUUUUUCCAAAAAGAAGGAAGCAGUGAAAACAACAUUGGCUUCUGCCUUCGAUCACAUUGCUGCCAUAUCUGUACCACAAGCUUCGACCGUACUCGAUGAUGACGAUCAGAUUAUUGAAUCGAUUCCCGCGAAUCGUAAGCUGAAGAAACGUGACCAUACCUAUCACCCCACUUUCGUGCCCAAACAAGCUAAAACAGAAGACAGUGAAAAGAAAAGGCAGGAAGAGAAGUUGAAACUUGAAAUGCAGAAAAAGGUGGAGCAGGAACGGAAAAAAGACGAAGAAAAGGCAAAGAAGCAAGCGGAUAAGCUCCACAAAGAAGCUGAGAAGAGCAGGAAGGAAGACGAGAAACGAAGGAAAGAUGAAGAGAAGAAACUAAAAAUGGAAGACGAAAAAAGAAAGGAAGAAAAGGAAAGAUUAAUGAAAAAAGAAGAGAAAAGGCUGAAAGAAGAAGAGAAAAAACUGAAAGAAGAGGAGAAGCGAAAAAAAGAUGAAGAAAAGAAGAAACAGAAAGAAGAGAAAAAGAAGGGCACCUUACAGAAAUCCUUAUCUGCCGACCAAGAGCCUCUUACUCAACCCGAAGAGGAAACGAUUGAUUUUGGCAGCCACCUCGAGCAGUACAAUCCGUCGGGGCCUGAAAAAAAUCAGGCAGCAUUUAUGAACAGAACGCCCCGCGGCAGCCAAGCAGCUUUACAUCAUCACACUCUUCCUGCAAUGUCCAGCCCAAUGUACAGCAGCCAACAAAGUCUAGAUCGAAGUGGUGGCAUUCAGUCUAAAAUGCUACAAAGGUACGCUAAAAGAAGUGGUUCCCAGGAUUUUACAGCUACUGCUACGACAGCGCACUCAGACAGCGUGAAACAGGAAGUCCACAGAAGUCAAGGUAGUUUGACCAAUCAGCGAGCGUCACGGUCCACGCUACUUCAAAAGUACACACCCAGACCGUUGAGUGCUUCAAUAACGGCCAAUCAAAGCGCAGCUGCUGCAACAACGUCGCCAAGAUCUACAAGUCAAGUGAGUCUAGACAAAAACCGGAUUGAAAGAUCGACGCUUUUACAGCGCUACAAGCCUAGUGGAGGAUCGACAAGUGAUAUGAUAGUUCCAACAGAAACAACACCGCAGCAGGGAGCAGAUCAACGCAUGUCAAUAAUUAUGUUCCCUUCGAAGAAACGUCCAGAAAAGUACUCUACAUUCGACUAUCGUGACCAUGAAUAUGAACCAAUUGGUGAACCAGUUGAAGCGUUAUCCAAUGCUAAGUCUACUGAAGUCUCGACCAGCUUGGCUCCAGCUGCCCCAGAAACAAAGCGGAAACUGUCGAGCUCUUCAUUGCGCGUCACCAAGCAGGAAGACGAUAGCGUCAGUAUGGAAGAGCUACAGAAAAACAUUGAAGAUCGCUACUUUAACCGCCCUUCCGAAGAAGAAACGGUUGAAACAGCGGAACCCGUUGAGAUUUCACAAGAAAAGACCAGCAAAAUGAAGGCGGUAAUGGCACGUGCCCAGGAAAGUAGUAAGAAAGCGAUGGCCAGAGCCCAGGAAAGCAGCAAAAAUGCUAUGGCCAAAGCUCAGGAAGGCGGUAAAAGCUUGCAUGAGAAGCUACGCAAACAAACCGAUAGGUUCAAAACCAAGGUGUCCAACAUAAACGUUAAAAAGGACAAAUCCGUUGCUCCGCUAGCUUCACCAGAAGUUGUAACUACGCCAGAGAUUGAAACAUUCGAUUUCACUAUUGCGGAACCCAAGGCCGAGUCACAGUCUGAUGAAGUUCCGACAUCCACUGAGGUUGAAAUGGAAGCUACACGAGAGGAAGCCACUGAAGAGCCAAUAGCAGAGGAUACCCCCACCAAAAAAAAAUCCGAGUUCUCGACAUUCAAAAACAUCCACAUGCCCAAGAUUCAAAAACCAGAAUUCAAAAGACCAGAGUUCACUAAGAUAACAAAACCAAAAAUGCCCAAACUGAAGGGUCCCGACAUGUCCAAAUUCAAACGCCCUGAAAUGCCAAAAUUCCUCACGGAAAAGCCUGAUUUCUCCAAGCUAAAAAUGCCAGAAAAGAUCGGCAUGAUUAAGCUACAACGCAGCAAAUCGAUGAAGGAACCGUCCCCUUCCCCGGCCACUGGUGCGACUCCAUCUGAUAUCGAAUCUCCGUCUGAUAAUGGUACCGAUGGCACCAAGAAGAAAAUAGAUUACACCAAUUUUAGCACUUAUCCACGACUUCUAGAUAAAUUCAAGCGCCAAAAAUCUGUACCCAGCAAUGCAAGCGUGCGUGCUUCAACGCCACCACCGCUAGAAUUCACUAAAGCAGGCAGAACAUCACGUCCGAAAGGUGCUUCUUUCAUUUCUCGUUGGGCUGAUAAGUCAUCGGAAGACACAGCUAGCAAUCGGUUCUUCUCUGGGAGUGAACUAGGCGAACGCGAAACAUCCACCGAAAGGCACAUGCGUCAAAAGUUGGAAAGCGCUGACCUCGAAGCACCUGAACUCGCUCUUACCGCGGAGCAGAAGCAGCUGGAAGAGUACGACAAGGAAAACCGUGAGAUUCAUCUUCUUUCGGCUGCUAGGCAUGACGAGUUUCUGAAGCGGAAACCCCCAAUGGAACGACAGGAGUCCGAUUUGGCAUCGGAGGAAGAAAAGCAAUUCUGGGCCAGCUCACUUGGCCAGAAAAUUAGGCAAAACAUAGACAUGAACAGCAAUGAUUUUGAUUUUCUCGAUGAAGAGGACCAACUUCGAAUUGCUCGUGAGAAUGAAACGAUGGGUCUCAGCGAACGAGAUCGUGCCAGAUUCUUAGGCGAUACUGCAGAACAAUCGGAAAAGGAUUACGACUUGCGUUCUACCACUCCUUACUCCAACAAGGAAUGCCAAUCGUCGGGAAGUUCCGGAAUCCGUCGACGCAAGGGUGUCUUGGAGGAAAUUGAUGAUGACGAAUUCUUCCUCCGGCAGAAAGGAAUAUCCAAAGACAACAUACAAAUGGGUGAAUACAUAAGCACUGCGAUAAAAGAAGGCUUGAGUACUCCCAAGAACGCGUUGGCCGAAAUGGGACAGUACGAAGCGUAUUACGAUGAAGAUGUCGACGCUAGCGAAAGAACAAGUGUGGAUUAUCGCGGCGAACGUAGCGCUGAGCAACUCCACAACUACUACCAGCCUAGCUUCGAGUCAGAUGAUCUCUCGAACAAACAAAGUUUCACUGACGAGUUUCGUAAAAACGACGAUUUCUACAAAACUUUCCCUCCGGAUCGUCCUGUACGCAAGCACAAUAAAAAAUCGUUUAGUACGGACCAAUACGAUGAUGAACAGCAAAAGGUACCGUACGAUUCAUACCAACAGGAGGAGGAAGAUGUAGAAUUGUAUGAGCAUGAGCGUAAGUAUACUAGCGAACAGCCCGAGGGGUCCCCUGAAAAAGAUGAACGCUUUAUGGACGAUGAAAACGUAGGAAAUGGAUUUUCUCGUGUUGGCACAGCUGUUCCGCCAACACCGCCUCGACGUCGAAAGAAGCGCUUCCGUGAUGUCACUUCAACGGACGUAGAUCAAUUCGCUAAUGGAAUGGCGCCGAAAUCUAUUUACAAUAGCUUUAUCGUAGGACCCGAAACGCAUGUGUUUGGCGAAGAAGUAUCUCUGGCACAGGAAGAAAGCUUCACAACACCUUUACCUACACCUAGAAGAUCCCGCUCACGAUCUCAGAUUUCGAAAACCUUCGAGGAUGAUACCACCUCUUAUACUUUUGGAGCUGAAGAUAGCGUAAUGCGUAAACAUACAAUUGAUUUGACUGAAUCAAAUGGCUACGCAAUUGUACGCAAAGAUCCUCCACCUCGUCCACCAGCUCCGAUACGCCGUAGAAAGUCAACGCGUUCUCUAGAUGAGCAACGCCCAUACAACACCUUGCCAAAUUACCACUCGGUAUCACCGAUGCGGCCAUCUCGCAAUUACAGCACAAUAAGUCCUAACAGGCCACCUCGUACUAGAAUUGCUACAGAAGAACAACAAAUGAAAUCAUCGAGCGUUAGCAAAGAGGACGUGACACAAUACGAGGAAAUUGAAGACACUGAAACUCUGGCACAGACACACCAGGCACCGGUAUAUAAAAUGAAAGAUCGGCCGCUUCCGCCUCCGCCAAGACCACCGCGAGAUCAUAAAAAACCGCGUAAGCCCGAAGGCGACGACAGACAUGACUUUGAUGAUGACGCAGAGAAAAUAGUUGUAACAGAAACGUUCGAACCAAGAGUUGUCGAAGAAGUAGAAAUAGCGAUUCAGACUGAUCCAGUGUCGGAAGAUUAUGAACUGGACAUGGAAGUAUCUGAUACUAUUAGUGGUCGGAAUGCUGCUGAUAAAUCUGUAAAAACGCUUCAAGAAAUUUUGAAGGAAGAACAACAAGCGGAGAUAGACCGCGCCCGUCAACUGGCGGAGGCCAGUAAUUUAAUGAGAGAUAUCCAGAAAUUCAGAGAUUCGACUUCUUCCUUAUCUCUGCAUGGUAGCAGACCCGAAACACCAGCUGCUGUCCUACUGGAACGUAGGGUGUCAACACCCUCUGAAUCCAACAUUAGAGAUCGAUUCACUUCGAGCAGCAUGGAUCGACGACCGCUAAGCAGUGAGAAUCUCACUGAUCAAGAUUUAGCGCACGCAGAAGAUGAUAACUAUAUAGCACAAUUAGUGAAAAAAUAUGUAUCCGACGAAAAGGUAACUGCUGACACAAGGAAACAACCAAACUUCGAAAUUGAAGCUAUGAAAUUUCAAGAAUUUCACAAAGAGGAAAGCAAACACGUUCAAUCGGAACCCACUGUACCUCUCAGAAGAAGAUCAUUGGUGUCACCUUCUAUUGAUCAGACAAGAGGUGUUGAAAUCCCUUCCAAUGUCAUCGAAGAGAUAGUCGAACGUUUGAGAACUAGUGAGCAGCAACACAUUUCAGAACUGCAAGAACUACAUAAGCAACAGCUGGAGGAAUUACGGAAGCAACAAGAGGAGCAAAAAACACUCCAAGAACAGCGACUCAUGGAACAACAAAACCAACUACUGAACCAGCAGAAUCAACAACUGCACGAAACUCAACAACUUAGAGAACAAAUUCAACAGCAGCAAGAACAACAGAAAGCACUUCUUUUACAGCAACAGCAGCAGCAGCAACAACUUCUGUUGGCACAACAGCAACAGCAAAUUAUGCUCGAACAGCAAGAGAAGGAACGUGAACUUCAACGGGAAAGAGAACGCGAACUUCUACGUGAGCGUGAAAUCGAACUUGAGAAGGCACGUGAAAGAGAACGUGAGCUACAUCACGCCAGAGAGCUGGAAUUGCAACGCUCACGUAAGUUGGAACAGCAGAGAGCGAGAGAACUCGAAGAACAAAGAAUGCGCGAACAUGAACUACAGCGUGCCUUGGAACUGGAACACCAACGGUUAAGGGAGACGGAGUUACAGAGAGCCCAGGAAGCCGAGAUGCAAAGGAUUCGUGAAGCUGAACUUAAACACGCUAGAGAAGCAGAACUUCAGCGUGCAAUUGAAGCAGAAUUUCAACGAGCGAGGGAAGCCGAACAGCGUAGAUUGAAAGCAGAGGAACUUGCUGCACAAGAAAAUAACACUGGAAUUCAAUCCGUCGAAACACCAUCGGAAGCGAAGAACGAGGCGACUGUAGAGAACACCGAAUCAGUUGAUGUUCUACCCGAAACUGGAGAGUCCGUUCCCGAGGCAAUCGUUGCUGAGAAAGCAUCCUCGAAGGAAGAGAUACCUCUUCGACCACCUCUUCCACGAUUGGGAUCCCAAGUUCCUAUGGCAGCUCAGUAUCCCUACCAUGAGUAUUUGCCAUAUUCACAUGCCCCACAACCGCUAUAUCACGCUAGAAACUUUUCCGACGAUGAAGCUGCUCUUCCACAUGCACCGAAUCGACGACGAAGACAUCACCGUUCAAGGAGAGAAUCAACUUCGGAAGAGGAAUUCCAGCGGGAGCAACGCAGACAUGGAAGCCAUGGAACACGCUCACCCGAACCAUCGAUUCCGAUGCUUGGCAGUCAACUGAUUAGAGCAUGUGGUUCAUCUAUUCGGCAAACGGGCGAUGAGUUGAUGACCAUUCUACGGGCCAGCAGCAAGGACGAAAAUAAACGUGAUUUACACAUUGCCCUCAUCAUUCUGAUUGUUAUCGUAGCCGGUUUGAUGGCUUUGGGAAUGAGUGGAGAGAAGGCAGUUCAUCAUCACCAUUGGGAUUACUUUACUCCUCCCGGUAACAGUGGGAACGCCUAAUUGCGGAUUUUACAACGUCAGUGAAGGAAUCUGUUCACACCGUUCGUUGUGAUGAUUUUUUUUUUUACUUUUAUAACUGUAAACUUUUUUCGGUGAACAAUUAGAACAUGAAUAUUUUUACAGCAUAUUUCAAAAAAAAAUCUACAAUCUGCAUUUGAGAGUUUACUAAACUAUAGGGUUUGAUCAUUUAGCAAAUAUAGUUGAAUCACUUCAUUAUCUACUAAUCAUGGUCCGAUUUUACAAGAGCACGCUGGGCGAAAUAUUAUUUUUGUACUGCACUUCUAACACAACUGAAUCAAUUUUAAAGACAGAAUUUGUAAACGAGAAAAAACGAACAUUGCUGUUAGUUUGUAUCAUAGGGAUUAGAAAACGAAGAAGUAUGUUACCUGAGAAACUUUCGACAGGAUUCGCAGAGCACAACAUGCGUUACUAGUCAGUCCAUAGAACAGAGGUCGAAUAUCUAUCCUCUGAUUGUUGAUUCAUUUGUUUUGUAUAAUAAUCGAUUAAGAAAAAAAUAAAAGUUUUGGCAAAAUA